AGCAGACAGGUUCAACCAAUGGACCUCACCUUUUGCUCUUACAGCACUUGCAUUAUAGAUAAACUUAAAUAACAAUGAAUAUCCUGUCAGUCAUCUGCCACUGCUUCAGUUCUCUCCGCUAAUGUAGUUGACAUCAUGCGCAGGGGCUUCCUGAUGACAAACGGCAGGUAGUGAGUGGCACACAGGUUAGGGCGGUUGUGAUUUGACAUCACAACACUAAUGGAUGUCGCAGCCCUGCCCACAUCAGGACCAGAGCAGCCAAUGACGGGAUGCAUUUAAACCCAGACGCCCGUGUGAGCGAGCCAAUGGGAGCGGAUCUGCUUUGUUUCCCUGCCUGCAUGACUCUGUUUAGUGCGCACAUGUGACCACAGAAGGCGCUUGCUGGUAUUUAAACAUCAUCGAUUGGGCUCAGAAGUGGACGGCUACCCCCCGAACAGAUAAGCAAACCAAAACCAAAAAAAAAAAAACCCUCAAUGGCUCCCUUUGACUCCCCGUGACGGACGCUUUGACCCCCUUUUUCUGACGCGCAUCAUCUUUUUUUAUAACAUUAACGGACUUAUGGUUAAGCUGCUGACGGAGGAGGCGUCGUGUUCUCUCUCCACGGAUGACACCUGUAGCUGAAUCUGGAUCUCAUUCUCAUAAAAGAAAAAAAAAAAAGGUGGGGGGGCAGGUUGGAUUGUUUCACAUCCAGUCACCAUCCGCACCCUGCAGGAGAGGUGCUCCGCGGCGCUGUUUGAUCUCUAGUGGGUGAAGCAAAGGUAGCCUAAAGCCAUUUAACGGACGCAUUAAUUUCUAAGCUGCUCUCUGUGUCUGCUUGCAGACAGGAAGGAGCAUGGAUAGACAGGAAUUUGCUCUAACUGGUGCGUUGAGGGGAUUUGUAGUGCUGGGGGUGUGCUCCUGUGGAAACUAAAGUAGGGACAGUGGGCUGAGGCACCGUCACUAACAGCUCGCCAUUUCUCUUCAAGCUUCUUUUUUGUUUAAUAUUUUAUAUUCUUUGGCGAGGAGAAUAUCAUUUUUUUUUCAUCAUGGGGAAAGAGGAGUGCAAAACAAUGCUGGACGCUUUGAACAAAGUGACCGCUUGCUACAGGCAUCUGGUCAUCGCCCUGGGAAGCACCUCGGACUCGCAGAACCUGCGAGAGGAGCUGAAGAGGACCCGCAAAAAGGCCCAGGAGCUGGCUGUGGCCAACAGGACUAAACUGACCUCUCUGCUCAAAGACAAGACCAUCACCAAAGAGGACCGAGCCGAGUACGAGCGCCUGUGGGUGCUGUUCUCCAGCAGCAUGGAGCUCCUGGAGGUGGACAUGAAAAGGUCCCUGGAGAUAGGGCAGGAUUUCCCCCUCAAGGUGCCGACGAGACACCUCAUCCAGACGGGGAUGACCGGCAGCACCACCACCGUGGCGGCCCGGGCCAUGAGCGUGCAGAACAUGAAGUACGAGGCGGACAGCAACAUCGACACAGCCGACCUCCGGGACCUGCAGUCCGAGAUCUCCCAGGUCACCCAGAUGAUGGAGGAGAUGGAGAUGAAGGUGCAGGUUGCGCCGUGGGCCGUGGAGGCGAAGCAGGAGGCGGGCGCGGAGCUCAAGUCCAACAUGAGCGUCGGGAAUUCCUCCGUGGGCGUCAUCUCCAUCUGCGAAGAGGAGCCCAAAGAAGAAGAAGGAGGAGGCGGCAGCAGGGAUCCUGGCUUCGCCUCCAUCUGCGCCGUGCUUGUGUUCUUUGUCAUAGUCACAGUCGCUGUGGUUCUGGGAUAUUUGGUCGUCAAUAUGUCCUGAACUGUCUGACCCACACAGCCCACCCUGACGGACACCCUGCGCGGACGCACACAGGAGCGUUACGCGUGGUUCACAGAGCCAGCAGCUCCACAUGAGAGAGAAAGAGCUUUUUUUUUUUUUCCUUUUUUUUUAAGUGGGCAUGAGGGGAGGGAAAUUUGCGGACACACAAAGUUAUUAAUCUUUUCUCGGAUUCGUGAAUGUUGGAGUUGAGGCACUAGAUAAAAUGUAGACCAAUGUAGGCCAGUGUGUGGAGAGAAUGGACGUCUGGCACAAUUUGAGGUUAAGUAUUUUGAAGGGCCAAGGGGUCGUGUUAUUUUUUUAAAAGGGGGGGGAGUCAUGAAAUUACGUGACAAUGUCUGGCCAUCAGGAUGAUACAAACAACACGUAAUCCAAGUGGAUUAGUGGAAAAGCUCAAGCGUAAAUGUAGCCUACUGUUAAGUAUUCCCCUUGAUGUUACUGCUGAUUGAUGCUUUCACUUUAUGAAUCGCAAUCCAGCAGUGUCAGAUGUAUGUGUUCGAGUGAGGAGGGGACCAUCUAGUCAGAGAAGUUUAGGGUUGUGUUGUGUGAAACUUGAUAGAGUCAGUGUUACAGUUAAGGUCCUCACAUCACACAGGUCGGAUGUGAUAAAAAUCUGCACUGUUCCACACUCCCGUUAGCACACUUUUAAUACAUUAUACAAAUCUGUACAGCCAGAUUGUAGUAGGCCUGCAUCUUGCAUUGAAUCACACUGUGCUUCAUGAGAGCCUUUGGACCUCAGAGACUGUUCACAGUCUUUUAACAAUGCACCCGUUCACUGUAAGCCUGUUCAUGUUCCUUUUCAAAGUUUUUCUUGCAAACAGUGUUGAAUGUAUAAGUCGCAACAUGUGCAUAGAGGGGGUUUGUGCAUACAGACGGCUGCGUCAGAUGAUGUACAUACAUAAGUAUAUUUAUUAUAAUAAAAUUUUUAAAAGCACACUUGAAGACGUGGUUGUAGUUUGCAGAAAUAGCUCCCAGGUGUUUUACGAGCAGUUAGUUGUUACAAGGAGCGAUGCAUGGAUUGAAUGUCACAUUUCUAUUAUGUGUGAGGCUUUUGAGUUAAAGCCAGUGGCUUUAGAUGAGCCCAGUUUGUAAUCACUGCAAAGCUUGACAUACAUACAUUAUAUGUACACAGAGGUAUUUUAAGCAGAGGAUUAUUAUCGUCCACGUAAGCACCUUGGUGUUAAAAUAGAGCACAGUUUAAAAUAAACAGGGGACUAGCACAGAUCCUUAAACUACCUAAUGGUUUUAGUUGUAAGAGUCUUUGAAGGUAUUCCUGGGAUGGUGAAUUGAAAGCUGAUGGCUGUUAGUGCCAAAGCCUUUAUAUGUGUGGGACAGUUGUCUUGGGCCACGCAUGAGCUCUUUACAAGAUUUCAUAAAGAACACUGUGAGGUCAGAAACCUUAAUCAGAUUCUAUCAAAGACCAAAGAUUGGCAGCAGAAUAUUUUAUAAUUUUGUGGAAGAACACAACGUUCCCGUCUUUGUUAGGGUUGAACUGCAAAGACAUAAUUUCAGUGGGCAGAUACGUUUUUCAGAUUCACUUUGUUUCACUUUAUUUCACUCCUACCCAGUUCCUUUCAUCUGAUGACAGUUUUGAGGAGGGUUAAUUUUCAAAAAGAUAUCUCAGAUUUUAUUUUCCUAAAUCAUGUUUGUUUGUUUUUGUUCAGGCCAGGAAAUAGCAAUCAAAGCGGUGUUGGUUUAUUCAUUUUAAGAAUGGCAUUCAUCUGUUUUUGCAAAUGAACUCUUCUUUUGUAACAUGUUAUUUUUUUUUUUUACAGUAAUCAGUUGAAGCUCAUACAUACAUAUACAACAUUAUGUGAAUUGUUUUAGUCAAACUUAUUGUGGAUGUUCAAAAUGUCUUUAUGACUUUUUUUCUUCCUCACAAUUUCAGGUAAAUAUGUUAGAGUGAGUUUUAAUGCUUUAGGCAGUAUAUCAAAAGGGUAUAAAGUGAAAUAUUAUUAAAGAGAAGUAUUUAAUUAUCAA